AUGAGGAAAAACUCUGCAGAUAAAGAUGCAAGCGAUAAAUUUUGUCAAGACUUUUUGCAGUAUAUCACGGAAAACCAAAUAUCAUUAGAUACAGUAUAUAAUGCAGAUGAAACUGGUCUCAAUUGGAAAAUAUUACCAAACAUCACAAUGGUCUCUAAUGAAGAACGUAGAGCUCCAGGAAGAAAAGCACGUAAAGAUAGAGUUACAUUGAUGGUGUGUACUAAUGCUUCAGGAACUCACAAGCUUCCACUUUUAUUUGUGGGAAAAUAUAAAAAGCCACGUUGUUUUAAGAAUGUACAUUCUCUACCAGUUAUUUAUAUGUCACAAAACAAAGCGUGGAUGGACCAAAAUUUAAUGUUAAGAUGGUAUCAAGAAGUCUUUCUUCCGGAAAUAGAGAAAGUUCAUGGACCCAAUUCAAAACAAUGUAUUCUCCUUUUGGAUAAUGCUCCAAGCCAUCCAUCAGCUGAGCACUUGAAUGCAAUAAGUGAGCGAUGCCAAGUGAAGUAUCUGCCUCCUAAUGUAACUUUGCUUAUACAACCGAUGGAUCAAGGAAUUAUAGCAAAGU